AUCACUCACACCAGCCAUGCAUACCCUCCUACAUCCUCAGUCUAUCUUUAUAAAAGUGGGCAAUUACCACCAUGAGGAAGUUAAAUAGCUUCUAGGCAACAUCACCUUAGGGAACCAAAGAAACUGCAACUUAAAGACACACAGACUCCCUAAGCCUCGGAGAACCAAACAGAAACCCCACCAAACACCCCAAAAUGGACAUCAUCCACCACCAAAACCACCUCUCCAUAACCACCGCCCUAUCCUACCUCACUACACCCAUCCCAUCCUACUCCCUCCGCCGUAUCCGAGCCGAGUUUCUCGCCGCAACUAAAACCGGGCCAACAUCCCCACAAUGCGAUUUCAUCUCAUUCCGCCCAGCCAGCCCCGACCACCUCUUCGAUAUUAUCGGCACAAUAGUCGGCCCAGUCGGCAGCCUUUACGAAGGAGGCCUUUUCCAUAUCCACAUCCGCAUCCCACCAUUGUAUCCCGAUCUACCGCCGGUAUGCAUGUUCAUGACGAAGAUUUGGCAUCCGAACAUUGGUCCAUACGGGGAAGUCUGUUUGAAUAUUUUGCAAGAUGAGUGGAGCCAAGCACUUUCUGUGCGGACUGUUCUACUGUCGCUCUCUGCUAUGUUGGGGGAUCCGGGGAUGGGGGUGGAAGGUGGUAAUAUUGUGUAUGGCUUUGCGAAUGAGGACGCGGGAAGCAUGUUUUUGGAUAAUCGGGCGAUGUUUAAGAUGGCUGCGAGAGAUUGGACGAGCAUGUAUGCCUCGGGGGCGGACACCCUAGCGUGAUUAUUUGCAGGCGUGUGGGGUGAUUAUGUCUGGGGAGGCGAAUCAUCACAUUGGCCAACGCUUUUGUACACUAGCAUUUCCUAAUGCAGCAUACCUUUGGCAGAAAAGUCUUUACCAGGCUUUAGUUUUUAGUACAAUUGCUUCCCUCUCAAUAAGACACACACAGCUUUGACUCUUUGGG